CUUGGAACAACCAGGGAGACGAAAACACUACAAAGAGAGGUCGGGGGUUCAUGAGGGCCUGGCUCACAGAAUUGUAAGUGUGGCAUGCUGGCAAAACUGAACAACUGAUCAUCAGAUACAGGUCAUGGUAUAAGCAUGGCUUCUCAGAACGCUCAGAGUUUCCUCCAGCCACUCUCCUCCUGGAUGUCCCGGAUGUAUGAAGCUGUCCAACAAGCAGGAGACUCCUUAUCUUCUUCAUUGGUCAACUUGAGCAGAGUGGACCACAAAUCGGAGGAAGAUGGAAACCAGGACUUAGAAGACAGUGACGGCAGUUAUAAGGACUACUCUGAAGAUUCGGAAGAUGAAGGAAGCUUUAGCCAGAACAUGAAAGGUGCUGAGCAUGUGCAUUCUGAAGACAGUCACUUUCCAUCAACAAGUCAUGAUCUUGAUUCCGAGGCACCUGCCCGUGGCUCUAACAUGGAUCUGCAAUUGCAGAAAAGAGUGAGAAGCGGCACCAGCUCCUCAGAGCAACGUCCAGACGACACCAGCUCUCUGUCAUCCCAGGGAUUUUACCAAGAAUAUGACGACCACCAGCUGGUAGGUAGGCUUCCUGCCAUACCCGAGGAGGAAGGCUACCUCAACAGGCAGAUAAGGGAUCUUCAGCGUGACCUUGAUGUGGCUGGCUCAUUAGAAAAUAUUAAUGGAAAGGCAUGUGUGGAAGUGAACAGUUAUGGGGAGGAUGAAGAGCUAACCACAUCUUCAGAUAGCGACGACGAGGUGAUUAAACAGUUUGCGAUCUCUGUGUCGCGCUCGCAGAGUUUUCGGUCGGGGGUGUCUGAAAAGGCAACACAAGCAGGUUCAGAACGUAAACCUAAAUUCAACCGCUUGCUGUCCAACCAUGAGGAGUACAGUACCGAGGCAUCUGAAUGCGAAGAACUGGAUGGGCUAAGCCAACUGAGUUUCCAAGACAACCUAUCCUAUAAUGAAGAUGACUACAUAUCUGUUGAUUCAAGAACUACCUCUGAGAGUAGGGGUACCAUGCAAGCCAAAAGCCCUGGAAUGGAGGCUAGCAUUGCCCAUAGCCUUAGCCAACAAGCCACAGAAGGGAGCUUGCAAAUGGAGACAGCAUUCAGCAACCAGGGAUUUGAAGGAAAUGACGCAACUGACAGCUCAUCCGCUUGGAGCCCUGAGGAAUACGAUGGAGGGAAUAGUCUUCCAGCUCAUCACAGUGCCCAUGAACCCAUUUCUAAAUGCGGUGACCUAGACGUCAUCCUCGAUUAUAAGGCCUCGAGCCAAAAGCUGCUGGUAACUAUCCUGGAAGCUAAGGAUAUCCCAGACAAAGACCGCAGUGGUGUGAACACCUGGCAAGUUCACACAGUCCUGAUGCCCAGCAAGAAACAGAGGGGAAAGUCGAGCAUUCAGAAAGGACCCAUCCCGGUGUUCAAAGACAGAAUGACCUUUAAUAAGCUGGAGCCAGAGAAGCUGAGUAGCUACGCACUCAGGUUCCGUCUCUAUGCGGUGCGCAAAAUGAUCCGGGAACAGAUGAUGGGCGAGCAACUGUUUUAUCUGAGGAGCCUAAACCAGGAGGGGGAAGUGAAGGUGACACUGGUUUUGGAGCCCAGGAGUGAUAUGAGCAGCGGAGACUCUCAGAUCAAUCUGUCGGCAAUCUCGCACAGCGAUAGCGCUUCUUCAACACAGUCCCUGUCGCACGGAGGCGUACCGGAGCUGCUGGUGGGACUGUCGUACAAUGCUACUACCGGACGGUUGUCGGUAGAGAUGAUCAAAGGCAGCCAUUUCCGCAACCUUGCUAUUAACAGGCCGCCCGACACCUACGGAAAACUCUGCCUCCUCAACUCCAUGGGCCAGGAGAUGUCUCGUUGCAAGACAUCCAUCCGUCGAGGCCAACCAAACCCCAUCUACAAGGAGACGUUCGUCUUCCAAGUUGCCCUGUUCCAGCUUUCUGACGUCACGCUGAUGAUCUCCAUAUACAACCGGCGCAGCAUGAAGCGCAAGGAGAUGAUUGGCUGGAUUUCUAUGGGUCAGAACAGCAGCGGAGAAGAAGAGCAAAACCACUGGCUAGAAAUGAAAGAAACAAAAGGGCAGCAGGUCUGCAGGUGGCAUACCUUACUGGAAUCCUAAUGGUCCCUGAGCUCCUGGGACUGCCCACUGGACCCUCCCAUAAUCACCCCGCUGAAAGCAGCCAUCCCAUAGCAAACAUUAUGAACCAGCCGGGUCUAUUUUACCUGAAUUUUUAAAACUCAGCGCACUCAGUGAAUGUAGGUGCUGGGGCCCGGUGAGCAAAUUUACCUGUUGCCUUUGGGGGGUUUCAUACAUUUUCUCACCCAAACGAUAACCAGAAGGGAAGUGGUUAUGAAAAACACAAAGAUACUUUUACCCUCUUGCCGUCAAUGCCUCAUUGAUCUAAAUUGCUUUUGAUGCUAUUUUCUUUUGGUGUCAUGUCUUUCUCCCACCUCCAUUCCUGUUAUUGAUGUAUGCAAAUGUUCUUGAUACACAGAUGACGUCAUUAGUCUAGCACUGCAUGCCACUCGCUCUUCCUUUUACUACAGUGUUUCUAAAUCCUAAAGAUAAACAUGUGAUACUACUUAAGACUGAUUAAUAUAUUUUCAGGUAGCAUGGGAAAGCACUAAAGAUUUCUCUGUAAACUGAUAAGUGCCUAGAGAUUGCCAUUACUUUCUUGUAUUAGCGAUGAUCUUAUUUACUAGUAUUUGAAGUAAGCAUGUUUCCUUUCUUGUGCAACCUAUAUCCCCAGAUGUUUGUAUGAGGUGAUGGGUGUCAAUAUAAUGCAUGUUUAGAUGCUUCCCUGUUUUCUUAGCUCAUGGCUUCUAUUGUUGUGAAAACAAAACAGCAACAAAAGAGAGAGAGACCAAAACAAGCUGCACAUCUGCCUUUGUGCCUAAACCACGAUUCUUCUAGAUCAUUGUUCACUCUUCUUAGUUGUUUCUUAAUGUGAGGUUCGCUCGGAAGAGUGGUUCUGUGCAUAGUGGGGGUUCGUGUUUAUUAUCUUUCAAUGAUUGUGUCAAAUUGGCUCCAAGUAAAAAGUGCUUUUUCAAGCGUCCUGUAAAAUAUUCCAGGGAUCUGAAAGUCAAGGUGAAUUCUUUCCUUCUCUGACAUCACGAGGAGGGAUCUGCAGGCCCCAUGGUGCUAUCACUUCCCCUUGUGCGAACCCACCUCAAGCAGUGAUGUCGAUGCACAAGAAGGAAUAGAAUCCCACUUGCUCUCUUAGAGGUGUUGGCCCUGGAGGGCUAACAGAAGUGAAAAGUAUGAGAGUUCACGCCUGUAUCUGCAUAGCCACAAAGGGCAGAUGUGCUGACUAAGGGGAGGUGAUUUUUAAGUAGUCGCGCUUCAGAGUGUAGUGACACUUUCAGUUUUAAUAGUCAUCUUUUUCCUGCCUCCAAAGUGGGUUAAACCCAGUGCAGGCAGUAGAUAGGGGAAGAAGGCUAAUUUUGUUUCUUGAUUAUUGAUAGAUCCAGUACUAGCUGCUGCCGAGUAUUAGGAGCCGUGACCCUAGUGCACAGAGCCAUACAAUGGUCUUACCGGAUGAAGAUAGGUGCCAGAUCCCUAAAUAAUUUCAAAUAACACCUAUUGCCAAGUCUCUAACUUAAGCCCUUCAGCUGGCGUCUCUCCAUUCCUACUGACCAUAGUGAAGCACAAAAAUACUCGGCUGCAAAAGGCUUUCAAAUUUGAUUCACAGUUUCUCUGUUUCCCCCACUUAGAGAGAAUUAGGGCCAAAUUCUGCUCUGUGGCACCACUACGAGUCUCACUGACUUCAUGGGGGCUAUGCAGGACCUAACAUAAGCCCUGAGCCUUGGGCUGCAUCUGAGCUACGGUCAUUGCAUCUCUUGCAUCUAUUAGCUCUUUUGCACCUGGAGAUUCUCCCUUGGAGGAGGAAUCUCCUCCACUCCCUAGUUAAUCUGGCAUUACAGCUGCUGUGCACCACUGGAGCAGCACAAAGCAGCCAGAGCUGAAUCUGGCCCAUGUAAUCUAGCAAACAAAUUCCUUUUUGGCUGCAAUGCUAAUGCUACUGAAUCACUGACUGAAAGGAAAAAGGAGUUCAGUUGAGCAGUUAAUUGGUAAAUCCUGCAGUCUGGGGUUUAUUACAUGUUUCUAAUGUACUUCCCUUCAGGAUAAAAGCACAGUAAGUUGCCCUACUUAAUGGCAGUCGUCACGGUGUUUAGUCAUGUUUUGUAAAUUUUGCAUCAUUUUUCUCUGACCUGCACAAAAUGUACAUACUAGUGUUUUUUUAAAGAACUGUUCUAUGUGCAAUGUGUGUAUAAUACUGAAUUUACAGCAUUUUGCUUAUUAACCUACUGCACAUGCAAAAUGCGAUAUGUGAUUAUAUCAUUCUACAGGGGAAUUACAUAUUGAUACAAAGUUUCAGCCACUAGUGGAGAUACACAUGAUUCUAUAUCUGUGGUGUUUUUAAACUCCAUCCUCACUCAGCCUUGGAAAAGAUGAUUUUUCAGAGGAAUGAAGAUAACUGGUUUGGGACUUCCGCAACAUUUCACACCAAGAUCCAUUUUGAAGUUACGUUAUAAAGGGAUAUUGAUUUUAAAAUCUAUCUACACUAUAGAAAAUAGUUGGCCACAGUACAGCAAAAUAUGUAAUUUAAUCAAAACUAUUAAUUUUUCAUACUUGUCUAAGAUAUUUGGGAUUAGGCAUAGGUUUUUUGUAACAACUGUUAGGGCAAUGAUUUUUUCGUGGUACCUUCCAAGGAAAAUUACUCAAUGGGUAAAUGGGUGCUCAGAAUUAUUUAAACCCUGUUAAUCAAUGGAAUGGUUCAGUCCAGAGCAUCACAUGUUUGUGGUUCAUCUAGUUCCUGCUGAAAUGUGGAGAAAGUUAGUAGCAUUGGAGCAGACUUCCCUUUCAGUGCUUCCUCUGACAGGUUUAUGUUCUUUUUUGUUGCACUACUAUUAAUGACUUGCUUCUCUAAUUUUUCUGUUGAGAUUAAGUUGAUUAUUCAGCAGUAGCAUGUUCCCACCUGAGCCAAUGUCCCCUAUCCUACAUGGCUCUUUGCCAAGAUGUCUUGGAUUCGGUUAUUACUUGUAUUGGUGAAGUUGGACUUGUGCUCACAUUCUGUAUUGUGCAAAGCUGACUGCAGUUUGUCAUUUCUCUAACCUCUUUCCCCCCACAAAAGUGGCCGAGGAGGUUGGUAGAUGAGUCUUUGGCAAUGCUUCCAUUUCUUGACACCACCUUUUGAUGCAUUUUAUUCAGAUUUCUGCUCAGCACUUAGCUCAGAAAUGGCAAUGAGCUGUAGGCCUGUGUUUCUGUGCUCUCCAUCCCUGGGGGUAUAGAGGAUCCUGUGAUGCAGAGAGAGGAAGAGAGACGACCAAUCCCUGAUCCCCCAAGACCCCAGGGUAGGGCUUGGCUGGGGCUGCAGAACACUCACUGAAGUGCAGCAAAUGGUGGACCAAGGUUGAGUUGCUGUAGUGUCAAUUCACAGUGACUUCCCCUUAUGCUCAUGUUUUUGGAUAAUCUAUCCCCCAUUUAGCCUGUUGACCAGACUCUUUGUAUCCUACUUGGAUUUUUCUUUCCUUUUUAAAAAUUCAUCAUAUUCUUAAAAGGGGAGGAACUAAUUGCACCCCUCGAGCCAAGUAUGCUGUGGAUAGGUUCUCUGAAAACAUCACUUGAUCUCUACCAGUCCACCUCUCCCAGUUGUAACCUCUUCCUUUCUGGGGUCUCUCCUCAGCAGAAACGGCCAGUCAUGGUAGAAUCUCUGCUUUUUUUUAAUGUGCACCAAUGACAAAUAGGGUGAGCCACCACAUAUAUUUUCUCUUAUAGUAAUGCUGAAUUUUAAUUGAGAUCCCCAGAGAUGAGUCUGAGGGCUUGUCUUCAUAUGAAAGCUAAUCUGGAAUAAGGUAGUGUGUGAAUAUAAAGAGAAUUAACUACUCUGAUAAACUCCAUGUGUGGAUACUCUUAUUCUAGAAUAACAGUGCCUUAUUCUGAACUAUAGCGUAAUCCAGUGGGUUAAAAUAAUACAGAAUAAAGCACUCUUAUUCUAGAAUAAACUCCAUGUGCAGACGUUCUUAUCCAGAAUAACUCUACUUAUAGACAGGUUUCAGAGUGGUAGCCGUGUUGGUCUGUAUCAGCAAAAACAAGGAGAAGUCCUAAUAAAUUUGUUAGUCUCUAAAGUGCCACAAGGACUCCUUGUUGUUUCUACUUAUAGAGAAGCCCUAAUCUGUUAAUGAACUGGACCCCAGAGCUGCCUGUUUGCCAAGGUUUUAUCUGGACUGUCUCACACUCUCUUAGAUUGUUAUAGAUUUUUUCCAUCAAUGUCUUAAUUACUUUCGGCAGUUAGAGAAAUAACUUGGCCUAUGUUACCCCGGGAUUCUGCGGUGCUACAGCUUCGUUACUGUAAUGCUCUGAGUUUCCUGUGUUUUCCUUGGGGGCUAAUGUUUCAAUGGUUACAGUCUCUUGGAUCUGCAGACAAUAUGCGGGUGUAUUUUUAGCUCCUGCGGAUCCUACGAAGCAGCUUGAUGCUUUUACAUAAUUGACUGAUAUUCAGUCAUGAAUGUCUUCAGAUGUUCUUGAACUCAAAGAACUAAACACUGCCAGCUGCUAUUGAUUUUUUUUCUUCAGCGCAGAGUCUCAGGUGACAUCUUGCGGAGGGAGAGGGUUUCCUUUGGUGGCAGGUCUCUAUUCUUCAGAUACAGCUGGUGAUGACCUUGGAGCCGGCAUAUGCGCUGAAGCUUACUUUGUUGUUGCUGUUGUUUUUUUUUGUCAGUCCCACAGUUGUUAUCAACUUUAAUACGAUAACUGGUGAGCAAAAAGAUGAAGUGAAGCAAUCUGUUACCCUUCAACAUGAGUAGCUAACAUAUAGCUGGAGAGAGGGACAUGGCCUUCCACAUUUGGUUACCCUGACACUAUAGUUUCGUUGGCUCCUAGGAAAGCAGUGGGUUAAUCUGAAGAUUAUGGUAGUAAUUUACAAGCUUCUGUCUGACCCAGGCUUGGUCUGCACACAGAUUUUUGUAUUGGUAUCACUAUGUUGGGAGGAGAGGUGGCUUUUUUCUUUUUCUUUUCUUUCUUUUUUUUUUUUUUUUAAAAUAAAAUAAUUACAGCAUACACGUAUACUGGUGUGAAGGGCCCUUAUAGCAGUACAUCUUAUUCCCUUUUAUAAAGCACAUUUAUACCAAUAUAAUUGUGUCUACCCUAGGGGGAGUUGUCCCACCUCCAAUAUAGUGGUAUAGCUAAAGCAGUAUAACUUUCUAAUGUGGACAAGGCCUUUGUAAUUUUUACAAGUUAUUGUUUAACUUUAUGAUUCCUUAAGCCUGUGUUCCAGGUGCAUAUGGUCAGAUCCUCAGCCGCCUGGCUUAAAUCAGCCUCGAUCAGCAUAACUCGACUGGCUUCAAUGCCGCUAUGUCAAUUGCUGAGGAUCUGGCCCAUAGACUUCCUUAGUUAAUGCAUGAUACCGUACAAUGACACUGUAUACGUCUCAGCGAUAGAAAUAAUUUAAUAAUAAUGGUUUCUGUUAUAUACACCAGACCAGUGGGGGAGGGAGUCCUUCCUGAGCUAACCUGAGAGGGACUCCGUUACACAUUGCCCUCCACUUGGGUCAGAAGUUACAUGCCACAAUUCAUCCCUCCCUUCCUAGUGCAAACUCAUGCAUUGAAAAGAGAGCACAGCCGGAGAGCUCUAGAAUGCCAGGGCUGGCAGCCUCCAGAUCCCCCUAAAUAUGGGCUCUGUGCUAAAACUACCAUCUAGCCCAUAGUGAAGAGUAAUGCUUGUUACUGUCAAAUUUGGCCCCAAAGUCAAGUUUUACUAACAAGCUUUUUUUUGUAGGGGCUUGAGGAAUGGGCCCCAGCUUUGCACAUCCUGAAUGAUAACGCUCCCUCCCUAGCCACGUUUUUACAUACACACCAUGGAAAGCCCAAUUUUCAGAAUUGGCGGCCUAAGUGAGGGCACCCACUUCCAUAACGGAGUGCUCCAAUUGGCAUGUAAGCAGCUAAAAGGAGUAUUAAGUGCCUCAUUACCAAUUUAGCAUCCACUGGGGAUGAACACCCUAACUUGCAUAGUCAUUUAGGAAAAGUGGGCCCCACCCUGGUUGCCUUUAUAGCUAGCCAGCGAGGAGCGACAGAGAGAAGUGUUUGCACAAAUUCACUGUGACACAAUACACUGCUGGGUAGGCGGCAGGAUCUUACAAUGGGAAGAAUUAUAUGAUCGCCAUACUGGAUCCAGUGAGUAAUCAAGUGUCUGAGCUGUGAACAAGAAGAAACAGUUUUAAGAUUGGAGUCGGAGCACCAGCAGAGAGCUGGAUGCCACAAUGAACCAACAAAGGCUUGUUAAUGUCUAUCUUCAGGAAGUUUGGAGACACCAAGGCUUGGGUAUCAUUUCAUAAAUGCAUACUUUUGAGAGCACUGCAUAGGAGCCUGCAGGAGAUAAGGAGUGAAUAUGGAGAUACCAGCUAACCUGUGGUACUGAAGCAUACUGCCUGGCCAAAUUACUGCCAUUUGUAGUCCGCAAAUACCAAACAAAAUGGAUACCCAACCAGAAUCCCUUGAAACAUCACACCCAACGUGGGCCAUGCUUAAAAUAAUGUACCCAUGUCAACCUAUUUUCAGUAAUGAGAAGAUAAACAAUUCCAGGGGCCUAAAUGUUCUAGCCCUAGGUUUUGCCUGGUCCUAUUCAAAGACAGAAAAGCUGCCUUCCUAUCUUGUUCUGUAGCUGUUGAGUCAGAGGUCUGCAAGUGGGGUAUGCUGGGGGCUUUGGGAUCAUGUGCAGUCAUAUAGGUGGCGCAUGCCCAGUGAUAUCAGUUUAUGCAAUCAGUCUUAAGCCAAAGCAGAUCUGGUGAUGGAUGACAAAUUCAGGCACAACUCCAUUGUCAUCACUGGAGUUUUACCUUCUAGCACCAAGGAUGAACUUAUCCCUAGGAACUCUCAGCCAUCAGUAGGUUUUCAACCAUCCUAUUAGUAAUAUCUGUAGUAGCCAAUAGUCUUGAGUAAUAUAUUGGACUGUACUGCCCUUGGGUUCUCCUGAUAAUUAGACACGUGUGUUCUCCAGACCUCACUGUUGAGUUGCUCCCUAUUUUGACUUAAUGGUUUAAUUGUUGAAAGGUACAUGGCCAUAACCAAAGGACAACAAUAGAUGGAAGGAAACUCUCAUGUCCUCAGAAGAGCUUAUGAAGUACAUUGCACACAGGUUAGAGUGAAUAUGGUAUACUCAUUUUCACCAAUACAAACACAUUCAUCUUGCAGAUUCAUCUUCCAUCUGAUUCCACAUAAAGCUGAAUUCCUCUGUGCCUCCCAGCUAACUCCAGUAAGAAUGAGCCUUGAACUCAAACAAAGAUACCUCUGUUGAACAAAUGUUUUUUCCCCCAUCAGUUCUGAGACUUCUCAUAUUAUAAAAUUCCGCCACUCAUAAUUAGUAGGGGCAAAAAAAUCUCAUGCAUACAGGUCCAGCUCCAAUCUCAUGUUUCACCAGCCCUACCCAUAAGUUGGUCCAGGCCUAUUGCUAUGUCCGGACAUCUGCACCUCACCCAUCUCCACUUGCUCAUAACUGCAGAAAUCUGCUCCACGUCAGGAUGAUCAAUAUUUUCAUGUUCAAUGUGCAAUAUUUUACGUGCAUGGUGCUCAGGAUAAAACCUGUUCUCCAAUCUUUUGCUGUCAUGUGGCCUCUCAAGCACAAGCUUUCCAAACAGACAUGCACCACAUACUUCCCAUGACCCUGUGCAGUCAGAGGGCUUUAGAUUUACUGGGCCAAAGUCUCUACUGGUGUAACUGCAUUGAUGCCAACAGAGAAUUUAGCUUGCUCUCCAUUAUUAAAAGUAAAAGAAGUAAUUAUUUGAUUUAGCAUUUAAAAUAUUUUAUUGAAUUUAUAUCUCAUGUAAACUUUUUACAGUAGAGUGUCCAAGGGCAUUUGCAUGAAGCACACUGAAAUAUAUAUAUCUGACUUAUUGAUUUGAAUAUACUGUACAUAAGCUAUCUCUAGUGUGUACUGAACUCUUUCUAUAUUGGAUCAGUAUAAUGUUUCUGGCAAGUAAAGGUUUUAUUGUCUCACUGUUGCAUUUACAGCUGGACACUGGAGAUGCACUGGCUUUACAUAUAUUCCAAUCUUUCUCCUGUACAUUAUUUAGCUCAUUCUAUGUUCUUUAGAAACACAUACUACAAUGCUCCAUCUCCACCUGGCUUGUGGGUGGACAUAAAUAGAUAGUGCUGGGUAUUUUCAUAGAACAGCGUUUUAGGCCUAAUUGAUGGUGUUUAGCGGUCUCUAGAAGAGAAAUCUGGAUGGUUUUAACCCAUUCUCCCCCCCCCCCCGCUAUUGUAUAAGUAACACACAUCACAAGCAGAUAGCAACGUGAGCAGCAUUCUAAAUAAUUUGCAGACCAACAUUUGAGUGAGUAUGCACUAAAAGUAACAGAGAUUGGUACGUCUUACAGCACUUGAGAUGCAUAAGCACAUGCUGUAUCUAUGAACUGGUUACUUAAGACAGUGGUGACAGAAGCAGAUUAAUAACAUGUCAGAUUUCUAACUUCUCUGUGAAUAAAGCAAGUCUUCUAGAGCAUGAAUUCUUGGGUGAUCACCACCACCACCAAAGGUGGUACAGUAACAGGAGGAAAAUCAUUAUUGUGUGUGAGAGAAGUAUCAAACUCAGACUCCUUUUUCACUUUUGUAACAUUCGAAGAUUAAACCUGAAAUUGUACCAUCUGCCUAGUUAAUAAAUAACUAGUAUUGACUGGAAUGUCAGGACCAUAAUUUUACCUGUUUGACGUGUGCUUUGAAAGAGAGAUCUACAGUGCAAAUCUGUGGUGAAAAAUGUGACUAAAGAAUGAGUGAAACGGGUUUACACUUUGCUUUUCACCUAUUUGAAGAUAAAACUUUUUUUAAUCAACUUAUGUACUAGCAUGCAUGAUCAUGUAGUAUGUUGCCUCUUGCUAAUUAUAUGCUACAUUAGGAAUAUUAAUGUCUAGAUGAGCUCUCACUGGAAAAAACAUUAAGCCCAGCUUCUGCAAAAUGUCUAACUGAAACUAUACGUGCCCAUAUAACCAUUCAAAGCUCAGAAAUAAUCUUAUUUUGUUAUGCUGAACAUGGUUGCUAUUGGAUUUUAUCAAUAAAGUCUAAGCAGAUGGCUCAUACAGACAUGCAAAAA